AGCAGCCGCGGCGGCAGCGAUGGCGUCGGGGUGUCGGAUCGGUCCCUCCAUCCUCAACAGCGACCUGGCGGCGCUGGGCGCCGAGUGCAGCCGCAUGCUGGACUGCGGGGCCGACUACCUGCACCUGGAUGUAAUGGACGGACACUUCGUCCCGAACAUCACCUUCGGCCACCCCGUCGUGGAGAGCCUGCGCAAGCGGCUGGGCCAGGAGCCCUUCUUCGACAUGCACAUGAUGGUGGCCGCGCCCGAGCAGUGGGUGAAGCCCAUGGCAGUCGCUGGUGCAAACCAGUACACCUUCCAUCUAGAAGCGACAGACAAUCCCGGGGCGCUGAUAAAGGACAUUCGGGAGAAUGGGAUGAAGGUUGGCUUGGCCAUCAAGCCUGGCACUACAGUUGAGCAUUUGGCACCUUGGGCCAAUCAGAUAGACAUGGCUUUGGUGAUGACGGUAGAACCUGGGUUCGGAGGACAGAAGUUUAUGGAAGACAUGAUGCCAAAGGUUCAGUGGCUGAGGACACAGUUUCCCUCCUUGGAUAUAGAGGUGGAUGGAGGAGUUGGGCCUGACACCAUCCAUAAGUGUGCAGAGGCAGGUGCCAAUAUGAUUGUGUCUGGCAGCGCCAUCAUGAAGAGCGCAGAUCCCAGGUCUGUCAUCAACCUCCUGAGGAAUGUGUGCUCAGAAGCAGCCCAGAAGCGCAGUCUGGACCGAUGAGACCUGCCCCAGCUGUGUUCCACAAGGCUCUGGGCAUGCAGGAGAACCCUCUUCUCGUGCAUAAGUGAGGGCUGGACGAACACCAACUACAGAAACUUCCUGCUGCUGAACAGAGGAGUCAUUCCUUCACUGCAGUGAAGCAAGCAGCAGUGAGAAACACUCUAGCUGUCUUUCAGGGUUGGAAAUGCAAUGGUUUGAACCUGUCUCUUGAUUUUGUGGAGGCUAAUUUUGUGGCACAACCUCUAAUGCUGACUGGAUUCAACUGCAGUCAGUUUGUUGCUUGCUAGAAGAGUGUAGCAUCGCCACAAGAAUCUCUCUUGUGGAAGACUCUUAAUCAAACUGCCUUCUGCUGUCUGUAUUUUGUCAUUUGAUCUGUGCAUUCCUACAAAACUUUUCCACUACUGCAUUAAACACCCCUUGGUGUGUUAA